AUGAUGAGCGGAGGAUGCAUCAGCUGGAAAAGCCAGAAACAACGGACGGUCGCGCUAUCUUCAACAGAAGCAGAAUACAUGGCGCUUUCCGAAGCAACCAAAGAAGCAGUAUGGCUCAAGGUGCUUUUGGGGGAACUUGGUGAGAUGACAAGCGACGAAGCGAUCAAGAUGUAUGAAGACAACCAAGGAUCAAUCGCUCUCGCCAAGAACCCGGAGUUCCAUAAGAGAACAAAACACAUCGACAUACGCUACCAUUUUGUGCGUGAGAAGGUGGAAUCAGGUGAAGUCGUUUUGGAGUAUUGCCCGACUCAAGAUAUGCUGGCAGACAUGAUGACCAAGCCGAUCGCCGCUGUACAAUUUGAAAACAUUCGCGAUCGACUUGGGAUCCAAGGUGCCGCAGCUAACGAGUCGAGAGGGAGUGUUGAAAAGACAGCGGCUGUGAAGAAGACACCUCGUCAAGCUGCGUCAAGUGUUGAAGCAAGUGGAAGACCAAGCUUCGCUAUACCGGUGGGUACCGGUAUGUACCAGUAA